AUGAUGAAUUCCCCGCUCGAAGAUUGUCCGUCUUCAAAGCUCUUCAUUGCACGUGUCACACGUGUCACACGUGUCGAGAGUUCGCCGAGCGACCACGAUGGCAGUUUACCGUUGCUCUACCAUCGACGACAAUACACGAGUUGUCAAAUACCACCUUGUUCGCCGGCUAUGGACACAUAUAUUUCUUUCUAG